GUUGACGAACGUAACUGAAGAAUGAUUUCAAUAAAACUUAUCUUUUAUGUGCAAAGCUCAGAUUCAGUUACCAAGCAUAUUUACGCAGGUUUAUUUUAUCACCUGGAUUUCAUUUUUCGAAAACAAGCUGUUAAUAUUCGCACAAUAAAUAAUCUUCAAUACAGAUAAGACGCAUUUAUUAAUAUUUAUUUUAUUGAAUGGUAUAAAAUACAGUUCAGAAAAAUAUCGCAGAUAUCAGUUCUAGUUUCAUGUCAACGAUGUUUCAUUGGAUUGUUCUUGCUGUCUUAACAGUUGAGGCAUCAUCAAAAUGUACCAAAUGUUUCCCGGAUGGUUUCUUAUGGGGAGCAGCUACCUCAGCGUACCAAGUAGAAGGGGCCUGGAAUACAAGUGGUAAAGGUGAAAACAUAUGGGAUUGGUUCACGCAUACUUAUCCAGAAAAGAUAGCCAAUGGCAGCAAUGGUGAUGUAGCAGCGGAUUCUUACCACAAAUACGAAGAAGAUGUUGAUUUGAUUAAGAAUUUAGGUGCAAAUUUCUACAGAUUUUCGUUAUCUUGGUCGAGAAUAUUGCCAAAUGGCACCGUUGAUCAGAUUAAUCAAGAUGGAGUGGAUUAUUAUCUGGCUCUCCUAAAGUUGCUAAAAGCCAAUAAUCUGGAGCCUGUAGUGACGAUAUAUCACUGGGACUUACCAUUGCCCUUGCAAGAAUUAGGCGGCUGGGCAAAUACAGCAAUAUCGGAUUAUUAUGCUGACUACGCAACUCUUUGCUACAGUUUGUUUGGAGAAUAUGUGACUUAUUGGAUCACCCUAAACGAACCUAUAACUCAAUGCUAUUACGGGUAUGGUGAUGGUACACAUGCACCUGGUAUAGCAGAAUCCGGAACUGCUACUUAUCAGUGCGCUCAUACUCAACUUCUAGCUCAUGCCAAGGCCUACCGUAGCUACAAUGAUUCUUUCAGAGACACUCAAAAUGGAAAAGUUGGUAUAGUGCUGGUCAGUUUGUAUUAUGAGCCUUUAACUGAUAGUGAAGAGGAUAAAGCUGCAGCCGAUAGAGGUGUUCAAUGGGCGUUAGGUUUGUUUGGCCACCCCAUAUUUGUAGGAAAUUGGCCUCAAGUAGUAAUUGAUAGAGUUGCAAAUGUGAGCGCUGUUCAAGGUUUCAAUGAAUCAAGACUGCCAUCCUUUACCGAUGAGGAGGUGGCGCUCAUUAAUGGAACUCAAGACUACUUAGGGUUUAAUUACUAUACAACUUAUUAUGGUACAAGCAUUCCUAACGUAGAUGUGAUCGAACAGACUACCAUCAGUUAUGGCGUGGAUAGAGAUGUAAUUUCGAGUGUAAACUCUAACUGGACGCAAUCAGCAGCUAGUUGGUUAUACGACGUUCCUGAAGGAUUUCGAGGAAUGUUAAAUUGGGCGAAACAGCAAUUUGGUAAUCCCGAUAUACUAGUAACGGAAAAUGGAUGGGCAGAUGAUUUGAGCACACUCAAUGAUACAGAAAGAAUUACAUACAUACAGGGUCACUUGUGCAACUUACUGAAGGCGAUUUACUUGGAUGAAGUAAAAGUUUUUGGAUAUACGCAUUGGAGUCUGAUGGAUAAUUUCGAAUGGGCAAACGGUUAUACUGAAGGUUUCGGAUUAGUCGCCGUCAACUUUACGGAUCCUGAUCGAACAAGAACUCCUAAAAACUCCUACUACUACCUUCAAGAUAUUAUUGCAUCCAAUUGCCUGAGUAAUUGUCCUUUUUCAAGUUGAACUGAAAUACAUGUUUAUCUAUAAAUGGCAGGAAAAUAAAUAUGAUAUAAAAAUAGGAAAA